UCAACUCGCAAUAUGAUGCGGGAACCCGUGUAAACGGUCAAAACGGGAAUUCUCACCCGUUCUUCUCUCGCACCCGCUGAUACACACACGCUUUCUCUCUCUAAAAUUGGCAUGGAUUCCAAUGGCUUAUCAUUCUUCACUUCUUACCACUGCCAUGGCUAAGCUCUUGUCGAUUUAAAAGCCAUUAUAAGACGAGAUCGGAAUUGCAAGAAAAAAUGUGGAGGUCGUCGUUUUCGCUAUUGAAGCAGGGGGUGACGUCGGCGGUUGUUAGAUCAAAGCCGGUGUCGUUCGGAUGGAGAAAAACCGGUUUCGUUGAAUCCAAUAACAAGUUAUGUUCUUGUUUGUUCUCAACUUCGGCCGCCGGCGGCUGCGGCGGGGUAGGGUUAGGGCAAGGGGAAAAGGGUAAUGACAAUAAUGAUAGUAUAACGUUUGCAGAGGCGAAGAAGCUAAUGCGAUUGGUGAAUGUUGAGUCCUUGAAGAUGAAAUUGACUACCGAAGGCAAGGAGACGAUUUGUUAUUCGGAACUUUUGGAGGCGUGUGAGAGUAUGGGCGUCACGAAAUCCAACGAGGAAGCGAAGGCGUUCGUUAAAGUUCUUGAUGAGGCUGGUGUUGUUCUUAUUUUCAGAGAUAAAGUUUAUCUUCAUCCAGACAAGGUGGUGGAUCUGGUAAGAAGGGCGGUGCCGCUAGCGCUGACACCAGAAGACGAUCCAAGGAGGGAGGAGCUAAGAAUCCUACAAGCAAAACAGGACGAAAUCGACAUGUUGGCUCAUAAACAGGUGCGCCGGAUCCUGUGGAUGGGCCUUGGGCUUUCAUUGGCCCAAAUCAGCCUCUUUUUCCGUCUGACAUUCUGGGACCUCUCAUGGGACGUUAUGGAACCAAUCGCGUUUUUUACCACUGCAUCUGGUCUAAUCAUCGGUUAUGCCUACUUUCUGUUUACCUCGCGGGACCCGACUUACCAAGACCUGCUGAAAAGGCUCUUCCUUUCGCGUAGAAGAAAGCUCAUGAAGAAGCAUAACUUUGAUAUGGUCCGAUUCAUGGAAUUACAGAAGAAAUGCAAGUCGCCUUUAGAUUCACAUCCUGCAGCCAAACAUGAGAUAGCAGGGGUUGAACUUGAAACACGGGAUCUCUUACAUAGACAUUAGAGUUUAGAGUUUAGACAUUGACAUAAAAUAAAAACUUCUACAUCAUAUGUUGCUUCUAUGUUGGAAAUUGGUGCCCCUUUUUGACAUUAACAUAGAAGCUUUGACUUUUUUUGGUUGACUCAUGACUUGUUUUUCUUUGAGAAUAUAGGAGAAGAGAAUCAAAACGGUAUAUUAAUGGAAAUUUCAGAUAUUAACUAAA